UUUUUUGUCACAAUUGUCUCUGGAACCAAAAUCCUCUCCGUUAAUACACAAACGCACAUUGUCUGUCUAAAAUUAUAGCCACAUAAGGGUAGAAAGGUUGUGUCUUUUUCUUCAUUGCAGCUAUUUUGAAUUGAUAAAGUUUGUUUAAAUUCCAUCCAGUUUUUGCUUGAUUCUCUGGUUUGGCUUCUCUGUUUUUAGUUUGUGGGUUUUGGUUAAAAUUUCUUGAAAAAAUUAGAGCUAAUACGAAAGCUUUGAUUUUUAAAGGUUUUAAUCAAAUUCCCAUUUCCUCUUUCUCUUGUUUCUCUGUUUUUCCUUCUGUUUUGGUUGCUUUUUUUUUUUAAUGAUUAGCAAUGUGGGUUUUGAUUACAAAACAAAAUCAAAAUCAAAGUUGAUGCUACAGCUUUGAUUUUGCGAAGGGUUUUAUUAGAUUUAUAUAAAGUUUAUAAAUUUAUUGUUUAAAUGGGAAAGCCAACUGGUAAAAAGAAGAAUCCGGGAACGGAAACGCCUCCGGCAUCACCGAGAACGACCAUUGACAUGAGGCAAACCAAAUCCUCAAAGGCCUUUGAUGAAGACACAGCAGUUUUCAUCAACAUGUCGCAAGAACUCAAAGAAGAAGGCAACAGGCUCUUUCAAAGGAGAGACCAUGAAGGUGCCAUGUUGAAGUACGAAAAAGCCCUCAAGUUACUGCCAAGAAACCAUAUUGAUGUGGCUUAUCUACGCACCAACAUGGCUGCUUGCUAUAUGCAAAUGGGUCUUGGUGAGUAUCCUCGAGCAAUCAGUGAAUGUAAUUUAGCUUUAGAGGCUGUGCCAAAAUAUAGUAAAGCUUUGUUGAAAAGAGCUAGGUGCUAUGAGGCCUUGAAUAGAUUGGAUUUGGCUUUCAGGGAUGUUAGUAAUGUUUUGAGUAUGGAACCUAAUAAUAUGAUGGGUUUGGAGAUUUUGGAGAGUGUUAAGAAGGCAAUGAGUGAAAAGGGUAUUACUUUUGAUGAGAAAUUAAUUGUGAUGGAUAGUGUGGUGGAAACUGGGGUGGCACGUUUGCGUAAAGUUGUGAAAGAAAAGGUAAAGAAGAAGAAGAAGAUUAGUGGUAAAGGAGAGGAGAACAAUAUUGCUGGUGUAGUAGAAGAGAAGAAGGUGGAGAAUAAGGACAAGGUGGUUGUGCGGGAGAAGGUGAGUCCUGUUGCUAAGGAUAAAGAGGUACAUAUGAAGACUAUUGAGGAAGAAAAGGUGGUUACCGAAGAUGUUAAUGUGGAGAAAGUGAUAUCCAAGACCGUGAAGCUGGUUUUUGGCGAGGAUAUUAGAUGGGCACAAUUACCUGUGAAUUGUAGUAUUGGAUUGCUGAGAGACAUAGUUCGGGAUAGGUUUCCUCGCUUGAAGGGUGUCUUAAUGAAGUACAGGGACCCUGAGGGUGAUUUGAUUACAAUUACCACUAACAAUGAAUUAAGGUUAGCUGAAUCAUCAAGUGAUUUGCAAGGGUCUCUCAGGUUCUAUCUUGUUGAAGUCAGUUUUGAUCAAGAACCAGCUUAUGAGGGGAUGAAGAAGGAAGAGGAGGUGCAUGAGGAUGUUAAGAAAACGAGUGAAGGUGUAGAAGUUGAAAAAGGUCCAGGUGGUAUUGAUGAUUGGAUUGUUCAAUUUGCACGAUUGUUCAAGAACCAUGUUGGGUUUGAUUCUGAUUCAUGCCUGGAUCUUCAUGAACUAGGGAUGAAGUUAUACUCAGAGGCAAUGGAGGAUACUGUUACUAGUGAAGAAGCCCAGGAACUUUUCGAUGUUGCUGCUGAUAAGUUCCAAGAGAUGGCAGCUUUGGCUUUGUUCAAUUGGGGAAAUGUUCACGCGUCAAGGGCGAGGAAACAAAUCUUCUUUUCAGAAGAUGGUUCAAGGGAGUCUGUACUUGCACAGGUCAAGAGAGCAUAUGACUGGGCCAAGAAAGAAUAUACGAGGGCUGGAAUGAAAUAUCAAGAAGCUUUAAAAAUCAAACCGGAUUUCUAUGAAGGCCUUCUUGCUCUUGGGCAACAGCAGUUUGAGCAAGCAAAACUUUGCUGGUACUUUGCGAUCGGGAGCAAGAUUGAUUUGGAAAGUGGACCUGCCGAGGAGGUCCUGGAUCUGUAUAACAAGGCUGAGGACAGCAUGGAAAGGGGUAUGCAAAUGUGGGAAGAGAUGGAAGAGCAGCGUUUAAAUGGACUAUCCAAAUUUGACAAAUAUAAAGACCAGUUGCAAAAGUUGGGUUUGGAUGGCCUAUUGAGAGAUCCAUCCCCUGAAGAAGCUGCAGAGCAAGCAGCAAACAUGAGUUCACAGAUAUACCUCUUGUGGGGUACCAUGCUGUAUGAGCGUUCUGUUGUGGAAUAUAAGCUAGAGCUACCAACUUGGGAAGAAUGUUUAGAGGUUUCAGUAGAGAAGUUUGAACUUGCUGGAGCUUCUCCAACAGAUAUAGCUGUUAUGAUAAAGAACCAUUGUUCAAACUCAACAGCACUUGAAGGUUUGGGGUUCAAAAUUGAUGAGAUUGUACAGGCAUGGAAUGAAAUGUAUGAUGCAAAGAGGUGGGAGAUUGGUGUUCCUUCUUUCAGGCUAGAGCCAUUGUUUCGUCGAAGGGUUCCUAAACUUCAUGAUAUGUUGGAGCAAGUUUGAUUUUUCUGCUGAUACUAAAAAGAUGUUUAGGGGCAUGGAGCAAAUGCUUCAAUUUUCAUUUCCUCAUUUUGCAGAAGUUACCUAACUACAAGUCAAGAUAGGUAUUUUUUAGUCCUAUACUCUUACAUCCAGCACGUUGUUUGCUCUGGGGGCAAAUAAUGGACGUCUGUGUGUAUUCUUGGUUUGGAAUGUGAGUCAAGUUUGGUGAUUGGUUAUGAAGCUGGUUGUGUAAGCCACUUUUGAUUUUCUUUUCAUACAGUGUAGUUGCUGCAAUUCACAGCUGAUUGAUUUAUUCUCAAACAAUAAAAACCAUGUUGUUCUUCAUUUGUAGAGGCUCUGUGCCUGCUAUAGAUUUGAUAGUCUGCACUCUUGUAUAACAAUUCAUUCCUUUUGUAUGAAAUAAAACAAGUCUUGGUAUAA